UUUUGGUUUUGUUCCGUGUGCCGAAGUGAAAGCAGAAACGCGAUUAGUUCCACGGCGCAGGACAAACCAGCACGGUGACUCGGCAAGACAGCAGCGCUUGGACUUUGUCGCACAUAGAACGGAAGAACGGCAGAACGGCGACAUCGUGGUCUUGCUCAUUAGUUGUUUAUUGUUUUUUUUUUUGUUUGGCCUUCUUUUUUAAACAACAGCUCGCAUCGUCGACGUUUCACACGCGGAUCGGUUUUGCCGACACCGAGAGUGGACAGAGAGAAGGGUUAUUGAUGUCCAGCUCGCCGCUGUCCAAGAAGCGUCGCGUGUCAGGAUCAGAGACGAAGACGGGAUCCCACUGCUCCUCCUCAAACUCUGUCAGAACCGAACUAUCCCACACACCAACUAACGGCAUGGCUAAGAAUGGAAAUGAUGCUGAGAUUGAUGAAGGCCUGUACUCCAGACAGCUGUAUGUGUUGGGUCAUGAUGCAAUGAAACGCAUGCAGAACUCCAAUGUGCUGAUCUCAGGACUGCGUGGACUAGGUGUAGAGAUUGCCAAGAAUGUCAUUCUGGGUGGAGUCAAGAGCGUCACCCUACAUGACGAAGGAGUGGCCGAGUGGCGAGACCUCUCCUCACAGUUUUACCUGCGUGAGGAUGAUGUGGGGAAGAACCGUGCUGAAGUCAGUCAGGGGAGGCUAGCAGAACUCAACAGCUAUGUUCCUGUGACGUCUUACACUGGAGCUCUCACCAAUGACUACCUGUUACAGUUUCAGGUGGUGGUGCUGACCAACUCUACGCUUGAUGAACAGAAGCAAGUCGGUGACUUCUGUCACAGCAAAGGCAUUAAACUGAUCAUCGCUGACACACGUGGUCUUUUUGGGCAACUUUUCUGUGAUUUUGGAGAGGAAAUGACUGUUUAUGACCCCAAUGGAGAGCAGCCUUUAAGUGCCAUGAUCUCUAUGAUCACAAAGGAUGUUGCUGGUGUGGUAACUUGUCUGGAUGAAGUGAGACAUGGCUUUGAGAGUGGCGACUACGUCACCUUCACAGAGGUGCAGGGUAUGACUGAGCUUAAUGGUUGCCAGCCAAUUGAAAUUAAAGUCCUUGGACCCUACACUUUCAGUAUAUGUGAUACCACAUCUUUCUCAGACUAUGUGAGAGGAGGUAUUGUGACACAGGUUAAGAUGCCCAAGAAAGUUGCUUUUAAAACAUUUUCGUCAUCAAUGUCAGAGCCGGAGUUUCUUCUUACUGACUUUGCCAAGUUUGAUCGUCCUGGCCAGCUGCAUGUGGGCUUUCAGGCUCUGCAUGCUUUUGAGAAGAAACACAGCCGUUCUCCCAAACCCUGGAACCAGUCAGAUGCAGAUGAGCUGGUUGCACUGGCUGUGGAGGUGAAUGCAGCACAGUCUGACUCUGCCAAGCAGGAGGAGCUGGACCAGGCACUGCUGAAAAAGCUUUCCUAUCUUGCGGCUGGAGACCUGGCUCCAGUCAAUGCCUUUAUCGGUGGGCUUGCUGCCCAGGAGGUUAUGAAGGCAUGCACAGGCAAAUUUAUGCCCAUCGUUCAGUGGCUGUAUUUUGAUGCACUGGAAUGUUUACCUGAAGCACCUCUCACAGAGCAGGAAUGUGCACCUAGCGGCUGUCGAUAUGAUGGACAAAUCGCUGUUUUUGGGUCCAAGCUGCAAGAACUGUUAGCCAAACAGCGAUACUUUUUGGUGGGUGCAGGAGCAAUUGGCUGUGAACUAUUAAAGAACUUUGCUAUGAUGGGUCUGGCCAGUGGGGAGGGUGAAAUCAUUGUUACUGACAUGGACACAAUUGAGAAAUCAAACCUCAAUCGGCAGUUCCUUUUCAGGCCGUGGGAUGUGACGAAGAUGAAGAGUGAGACUGCUGCUGCUGCUGUGAAGCAGAUGAAUCCAUCUGUCCAUAUCACAGGCCAUCAGAACCGUGUUGGGCCAGACACAGAAAAAGUCUAUGAUGAUGAUUUCUUUGAGAGCCUGGAUGGAGUGGCCAAUGCCUUGGACAACGUGGAUGCACGUAUGUAUAUGGACCGCAGGUGUGUGUACUACUGUAAACCUUUGCUUGAGUCUGGAACUCUGGGCACUAAAGGGAACGUACAGGUGGUGAUCCCCUUCCUCACAGAGUCUUACAGCUCUAGUCAGGAUCCCCCAGAGAAAUCCAUCCCCAUCUGUACACUAAAGAACUUCCCCAAUGCUAUUGAACACACACUCCAGUGGGCACGUGAUGAGUUUGAGGGACUUUUCAAACAGCCUCCGGAGAAUGCCAUCCAGUAUCUAACAGACCCAAAGUUUAUGGAACGCACAUUAAAGCUGCCUGGAGCCCAACCUGCGGAAGUCUUGGAGGCUGUGUAUAAGAGUCUGGUGACUGAUUGUCCAAAGAGCUGGGAUGACUGUGUAGCUUGGGCACGCAACCACUGGCAGUGCCAAUACAGUAACAACAUCCGCCAGUUACUGCACAACUUUCCUCCUGAACAGCUCACAAGCUCUGGAGCACCUUUUUGGUCAGGACCCAAAAGAUGUCCUCAUCCUCUACAAUUUAGCACCAGUAACGAUCUGCACCUAGACUACGUCAUUGCUGCAGCCAACUUGUUUGCCCAGACGUAUGGUCUACAGGGCUCAACUGACCGCGAAGCUGUGGCCAAGCUGUUGCAGAAUGUCAAAGUACCUGAGUUUACCCCUAAAUCUGGCGUUAAGAUCCAUGUAUCUGAUCAGGAGCUGCAGAUUGCCAAUUCAUCACUGGAUGACUCGAGGCUCGAGGAGCUGAAAACCCUCCUGCCGUCUUCAGAGGCAUCAUCCCAGUUUAAACUCUGUUCCAUAGACUUUGAAAAGGAUGAUGAUACAAACUUCCACAUGGACUUCAUAGUAGCAGCAUCUAAUCUGAGGGCAGAAAAUUAUGACAUUCCUCCAGCAGACAGGCACAAGAGCAAGCUCAUUGCUGGUAAGAUCAUUCCUGCCAUCGCCACGACAACAGCUGCAGUAGUCGGCCUGGUGUGUCUGGAGCUGCUGAAGAUUGUUCAGGGUCACAAGAAGCUCGAGAUUUUCAAGAAUGGAUUCAUGAACCUUGCAUUGCCGUUCUUUGCCUUCUCUGAUCCCAUUGCUGCUCCCCAGCACAAGUACUACGAAAAGGAUUGGACGCUAUGGGACCGCUUUGAAGUGCAAGGCAUUCAGCCAAACGGAGAGGAAAUGACACUCAAACAGUUCCUAGACUACUUCAAGAAUCAACACAAGCUGGAGAUCACAAUGCUCUCUCAUGGCGUGUCCAUGCUUUACUCUUUCUUCAUGUCGGCAGCCAAGCUCAAAGAAAGACUGGAGUUACCCAUGACUGAGAUAGUGACCAAGGUGUCAAAGAAGAAGCUGGGGAAGCAUGUUAAAGCACUAGUGUUUGAACUCUGCUGCAAUGAUAUGACCGAUGAAGAUGUGGAGGUGCCCUAUGUCAGAUACACCAUUCGCUGAGAGGACAUCCAAGUUGGAGGGAUGGGGGGAUACAUUGGAUUCGGGAGGAGGAUUAAAAAUCAGAUAGUGUUUGCAUCAAUGGGGCCCAAAGUAUAAAUCUAAAAUUUAAAACAUGAUCACAAAUACCGAUUAGAUGUUGACUUCAGAACUCGGUGUCUUUUAAACCCCAACUUGACCCUAGGGGUCAUACUCCUGCAUUUGUAAAUGUUUCCUAUGCCUGUUGGCAUGGAUCAGUAGUAUUGGGGGAGAAUGUGCACCUUUUGCGAAUGAGUGCUUUGACUAAGUGUUAUUUAAAACUGGUAGUAAAGCUUCAGCUUAAUAGUAGAUAAAUAUGCUCAGCACUCCUCCGUGUGACAAGACGAUGGCUCUUUUUAAAAAGGUUAUUUUUCCCACUUUGUGCUUCUCACCCUUUUUUCCCCACAAUGGGCAAUGUUUGGCUUUGUUUUUAAACACUUUCAUGCAUAUGGUAUAAAAUUGAAUGAUGCCAAAAAGAAUGCAAACUGGAUGUUAUGACAUUUAAAUGUAAAUGCUUUAAUCUUUUUCCACACUUGUUCACAUCAUUUGAUACACCUCGUAGCCGUGGACUAUAUAUAAUGGCACCUUAUAAAUACAAGCUGAUAAGGGAAGGUAUGGGUGGUUUUACUUGGCUGGGUGCUACUUCCGGUUAAUGUAUCAAGGCAUGUUGGUCCCUUCACUCUGACCCCUUUCUCCUCCCUGGAUCCAGUCGGUGUGUCCUAUUUGCUUCUCUGGCUUCUUUUUGGAUCGGGGACAUAAAACCUGCACAUAAGUUGAGGUUCUCUUUUUUUGGGUUGUGAUGGCGCACACCUUGUAGGACAAACUAUUCUUUCUAUUUUGUUAACCUCCAGGAAACAUUACAGUAAAUUGUGGUUUUAAUCUGUAAUGGGAGCACUUAGUCUGAUUCUGAUAGUGAAUAAAGUUGUAAAAGAG